CCUCAGCCGCCGCUCCCUGAGUCGCAGCCUCAGCCUCCCUUCGGCCGCCGGCAAGAUGCCCAAAACGAUCAGCGUGCGAGUUACCACCAUGGACGCCGAGCUGGAGUUUGCCAUCCAGCCGAACACAACUGGGAAACAGCUGUUUGACCAGGUUGUGAAAACCAUUGGUCUCAGGGAGGUUUGGUUCUUUGGACUCCAGUAUCAGGACACCAAGGGCUUCUCGACAUGGCUGAAGUUAAACAAAAAGGUGACGGCGCAGGACGUGCGCAAAGAGAGCCCGCUGCUUUUCAAAUUCCGCGCCAAGUUCUACCCGGAGGACGUGGCGGAGGAGCUGAUCCAGGACAUCACCCAGCGCCUGUUCUUCCUCCAGGUCAAGGAGGGCAUCUUGAAUGACGACAUUUAUUGCCCUCCGGAGACCGCCGUCCUUCUGGCCUCAUACGCCGUCCAGUCCAAAUACGGAGACUACAACAAGGAGGUCCAUAAGCCCGGCUACCUGGCCAGCGACAAACUUCUUCCCCAAAGAGUUUUGGAACAACACAAACUCAACAAGGACCAGUGGGAAGAAAGGAUCCAGGUGUGGCAUGAAGAACACCGGGGGAUGCUCAGAGAAGAUGCCAUCUUGGAGUACCUGAAGAUUGCGCAAGAUCUGGAGAUGUACGGCGUGAACUAUUUCAGCAUUAAGAAUAAAAAGGGCUCAGAGCUUUGGCUGGGAGUGGAUGCCUUGGGGCUCAACAUCUAUGAGCAGAAUGACCGGUUAACUCCCAAAAUUGGAUUCCCUUGGAGUGAAAUCAGGAACAUUUCCUUCAACGAUAAGAAGUUUGUAAUCAAGCCGAUCGACAAGAAAGCACCAGACUUUGUAUUCUAUGCCCCUCGGCUAAGGAUUAACAAGCGCAUCCUGGCUCUUUGUAUGGGGAACCAUGAGCUCUACAUGCGCCGGCGCAAGCCAGACACGAUAGAAGUGCAGCAGAUGAAAGCGCAGGCCCGGGAAGAGAAGCAUCAGAAACAGAUGGAGAGAGCCUUGUUGGAGAACGAGAAGAAGAAGAGGGAGAUAGCAGAGAAGGAGAAGGAGAAGAUCGAGCGCGAGAAGGAGGAACUGAUGGAGCGGCUCAGGCAAAUUGAGGAACAGACCAAGAAAGCACAGCAAGAGCUGGAGGAACAGACCCGCCGGGCGCUGGAGCUGGAACAGGAGAGGAAGCGCGCCCAGGAGGAAGCAGAGAAACUGGCGCGGGAACGGCGGGAGGCCGAGGAAGCCAAAGAGGCCUUGCUGAAGGCAUCUCACGACCAGAAGAAGACCCAAGAGCAGCUGGCUGCUGAGAUGACGGAGCUCACAACCAGGAUCUCGCAGCUGGAAAUGGCUCGGCAGAAGAAGGAGAGCGAAGCCAUGGAGUGGCAGCAGAAGGCCCAGAUGGUCCAAGAAGACUUAGAGAAAACUAAAGAAGAGCUGAAGUCAGCCACAAGCACCUCUCACGUCUCUGAGCCCAUGCAGUCGGAGAAUGAGCAUGACGAUGAGCAGGACGAGAAUGCUGCAGAGGCGAGCGCUGAGCUGAGGGCACAUGCCUCCAUCAAGGACCGCAGCGAGGAGCAACGGACCACGGAGGCAGAGAAGAACGAGCGGGUUCAGAAACACUUGAAGGCGCUUACAUCUGAACUGGCCAACGCUCGAGACGAGACAAAGAAGACAGCCAAUGACAUGAUCCAUGCCGAGAACAUGAGGCAGGGCCGCGACAAGUAUAAGACCCUGCGCCAGAUCCGACAGGGCAACACCAAGCAGCGUAUAGAUGAAUUUGAGUCCAUGUAAUCAUUCCUGCCUCCACUCCGCCUGCACUCUCCUACCCUUCCUUCCUUCCCUCCUUCCUUCCUUCUCUCUGUCCCUUUUUCCCUGCUCUCCUUCCCCUUUCUCUUCUUCACCUGCGUUGUGCUGGAACCACUACAGAAGAGUGACCACAGUCUGUCUUUAGCAUUCUGUGCAGACUCUGCCAUUCUGUUACAGGACCAAAAAAAGAAAGUCAAAAAAUCAAGUCAGUUGUGCCUUACUGAAAAUGUAAGACUCAUCCUUUGCUUAAUUGAGGCUGCAGCGAGAGUCCGUGUGGCUUUUUUAGGAUGCUUCCGAUGGUAUCAGCAAUGCUUCUGGUACAAGCCCCAUGCGGUGGUGCUUAACAGGAAGGACCUCUCUAGCCUUGGUUGCCAACGCCUGGAGAGACCCACUUUGCCUAGUCCUAAUGCAUAAAGGCUUGCCAUAGUAUUGGGACCCUCUGUUUUUCCAAGCCCCACUAGUUUUAACACUUUGGGACCAGGAGAUAAUUGCUCUAGAAGGAGAAGUUAAGAGGGUCAAAAAUUGUGUGCACUCUUUCCCCAAAGACCAAAGCUUUUCAUGAUCCCUGAGAUUUAGCAGACCAAACAGAUGCCUCUGAUCUUUACAGUAUUUUGCAUGUGCCACCAGCUGGUAAGCUUGAAAGAGUCCAUAUUCCUUAAUCGUGAUUAAUGGACCUGCAUUGGGAAUAUUCCUCUCCUAAGCACAACUUUUUGCCAUAUCCCCAAGGAACAACAUUUUGGUGCCUUUUUUUUCCAUUUCUUUUAUCUUGCCAACCUGAACCUGAAGUGUUUGAAAUAGGAUUUGCAUUAGCCAUGAAUCCCAGCAAAAGCGGUGCAAACCCAUGCAUUCAGCCUUAUCAAGGCAGAUCUCCAGCACAGUCACCUCCUUGUGCCUUAUUACACAUUGAUUCCCUCUUAACACUUAUAUAUCCAUCAUGCUACCUGUGUUGUUUCCAUGUCUCACUUCUCCACACCACCAACUGUUUGCAUUUUUGUCAGGUCUGCCCUUGAGUUUAAAAGAAUAAAGAGAGAGAAAUCUUUCUCUUUCUGCUGCCUUAAACAUGGGGAGAUAGCAGGUUGCCCCCUUUUUAAAAGAUCUCUCACCUUGGAGUGCCUUUUGCCCUUUCAAUUUCAGAAAAAGGAAGAAAGAAAGAGACCCAGAAUCUCUGGCUUUGCUUUUGGCCACUUGCAACCGUCUAACUAAUGGUCUGAAAUCCAGACAGCGAUGCUUGGUGCCACUUUGCUGCCAAGCAUUCAUUGGCGCUCCCUUUUCCGCGGGAGUUGGCCGCUCAUUCCUGCCUGUGCAACGACCCCAAACCAUCUCUGAUAAUUGGGAAAAUUGAACUCGGGGAAGGAAUGUAGCUACAAAAGGCUGGAGCCUGGAGGGAAAAUCCUUUUGGAGGAGAAUAUGGCCUUCCUUUUACUCUCUCCAACAUGGAUUCCGUUCAAAGAGACGCUCCUCUGCUCUUCUGAUUUAGCAUCCUUUUUUUAAACCAUCUCCUGCACCCAGUUAUCUUUAGAGUCUCCCCAGUCCUCCGUUCCCUGAAUUGCUCCUCUUUUCCACCAUUGACAUUCCACUUUCAGGAUGUAUUAAUGCCAAAAAAAGGUAUGAUUUUUUAAAACAGGAAUAAAUGGAGGCAGAUGAGCGUAAUUGCUAAAAACUGCUUGGAGAGGAUGGAAAGAGGUUCGCGUAACUUAACACCUGCGAGGGCACUAAAGAUUUUGCAGCAUUUCCCAUUUUUAGGGCUCCAUCUUACCUCUUUGGGUAGCAAGAUACUGGCGCCAUAAGCAACACUGGUUGCUGGGAGAUGUCCCUCAAAGCCACUCUUCAACUCCUCCCCAAAGAUCACUGUUUUUUAAGCGUCCAUUGUGUGCGUUUUGUAAAUUUACUCCUUUCCCCUCCAGAUACAGUGUGCCUAUUAGGGUGCAUUGGAGAUGAGGCCAGCCUUUUUUCUCCUUCCUCCCCUUGAAAAAUAUACAACCUUGUUGCUUUAAAAAGGAUUGUAAGAACCACUUUGCAUUUUCUCUGCCUAAGAGGCUGUGGCUCUUUCCAUUUUCAUUACCAAAUUGCCAUUGAAGUGCCCACGGCUUGCCAGUUUUCUCCUUUGGACUGUGCUCUUUGCUGGCAUGCUCUGGAUGCAAAGCCACUUUUCAAGCAAAUAUACCUUGCUUGCAAGAUCAGCAUUGGACUAAAUAAAGCAGUCCAGGCCUUGCUGCGUUGUCCGGGGCAAUUUGUGGCUCAUCCCAGCCAUUGGACUCCCUCUCCCGCUCACUCCCAGUUAGCUCCCAGUAGAGGAACAAAACCAACUGGUGCCAGGGAGUCUUAACUCCUGCUGUAGUCGGUUCAGCUCUUUCCCCUCAUCUUUUACCAGUAUUAUGUAUUCCAGUGGGUAUCUAAUGAUAACUGAUUUCAUCCUCUCUCUCUUUGUUUUUGUUUUUCCUAGCUAUGCACAAUUAGAAAAUGUUAAUCUUGGAAGUGUUGAGGAGGGAGGGAAAGGCAAUGCUCCCUCCCUUCUCCAUGGAAAAAGAAAUAUGUAUACUGUAUUGUAAAGAGAUGAUAUUUUGCAGGAAAUUUAAUGUAAGAAGCACUCAGUAUUACAAUGAGAUUUCUAGAUACCUUUUUUUUAAUUAUUAGUUAGUAUCCAUGGAGGUGUUCCUCCUCCUCCUCCUCCUCCAUUCCCUCCUCCACCAUUUUGUUUACUGCUAUUUCUUGGAUAACAUACUUUUUCCUCUCCGGAGGAGGAGGGGAAAUCGCCCUAUUAAACUUUCGUUUUGUUUUGUUUUGGUCUGGCUUUAUAUUUCUGUUUUGGAAGAGAGAGAAAAAAAGAUGCUGUAAAUUAUGUCUACUCUUUAACUUUUGACCAACCUUUUUACAUGUUAACAAUUAAAAACACCAGUUCCUUCCCCCGGGAGGGACUGCAAGGUCAGUCAGGCUGCGUAUCGAUGUGGUCAGCCACAGAGAUUCCGGCCGUUCGGACGCUGCGUGCUCAAAGGGGUUUUGUUAAAAGUCCAUCCCCUGUUCCCUCUUCAUCCAGUGCCAAUAAAGUUUAGAUCAGUUGA